GCCGAACUCUUUAUUACAUAUCCAUUACUCUGACAGCCGAACUCGACUACUAACCCUGUUCUUUAUUUUUCACACACUAGACAGCAAGUGAAAGGAUCCCAACAGCGCCCUCUGCUGCUCUAGUGCCUCAGCGCAGCCUGGGUGAACUGCGGCGUCCUUACACGCACUUUUCCACCGCGGCGUUUCGCAGCAAUAACGUGACGAAGACACACAAAUUGUCACAAUGGUUAACUUCACCGUGGACCAGAUCCGAGCCAUCAUGGACAAGAAGUCCAACAUCAGGAACAUGUCCGUGAUCGCCCAUGUGGAUCACGGCAAGUCCACGCUGACGGACUCUUUGGUGUCCAAGGCGGGCAUCAUCGCCUCAUCCCGUGCUGGAGAGACUCGUUUCACCGACACGCGCAAAGAUGAGCAAGAGCGGUGCAUCACUAUUAAAUCAACGGCCAUCUCCAUGUACUACGAGCUCGGCGAAAAAGACUUGGCCUUCAUCAAGCAGUGCAAGGACGGAAACGGCUUCCUCAUUAACCUCAUCGAUUCUCCGGGUCAUGUUGACUUCUCGUCUGAGGUUACGGCAGCCCUCAGGGUGACCGACGGAGCCUUGGUGGUGGUGGACUGUGUCUCUGGGGUGUGCGUGCAGACUGAGACUGUACUGCGACAGGCCAUUGCCGAACGCAUCAAACCAGUUUUAAUGAUGAACAAAAUGGACCGAGCUUUGCUGGAACUUCAGCUGGAGACAGAUGAGCUCUUUAGCACCUUCCAGCGUAUCGUGGAAAACGUCAAUGUCAUUAUUUCCACCUACGGAGAGGACGAAGGGGGACCCAUGGGCAACAUCUUGAUUGACCCGGUCAUAGGUACAGUUGGCUUCGGUUCUGGCCUGCACGGGUGGGCUUUCACAUUGAAGCAGUUUGCUGAGAUGUAUGUGGCCAAGUUCGCUGCUAAAGGAGAAGCUCAGAUGAGUCCAGCAGAAAGGUGUAAGAAAGUAGAAGACAUGAUGAAGAAAUUGUGGGGAGACAGAUAUGUUGAUCCAAGUACUGGCAAAUUCACCAAAACAGCCUCGGGUCCCGAUGGACAGAAGUACCCUCGCUCUUUUUGCCAGUUUAUUUUGGACCCUAUCUUUAAGGUGUUUGACGCCAUCAUGAAUUUUAAGAAGGACGAGACGGCCAAACUCAUAGAAAAGUUGGAUAUCAAGCUGGAUGCAGAGGAUAAGGAGAAAGAGGGGAAGCCCCUGCUAAAGGCCGUGAUGCGUCGCUGGCUUCCGGCUGGAGAGGCCCUGCUUCAGAUGAUCACCAUCCACCUUCCCUCGCCCGUCACCGCUCAGAAAUACCGAUGCGAGCUGCUCUACGAAGGCCCGGGAGAUGAUGAAGCUGCCAUGGGUGUUAAGAACUGCGAUCCCAAAGGUCCUUUAAUGAUGUACAUCUCCAAGAUGGUCCCUACUAGUGACAAGGGUCGCUUUUAUGCAUUUGGCCGUGUUUUUUCUGGCUGUGUGUCCACCGGCCAGAAGGUGCGCAUCAUGGGGCCCAACUUCACACCUGGCAAGAAAGAAGAUCUCUACAUCAAACCCAUCCAAAGGACUAUCUUGAUGAUGGGCAGAUAUGUGGAACCUAUUGAAGAUGUUCCAUGUGGCAACAUUGUUGGGCUUGUUGGAGUUGACCAGUUCCUGGUGAAGACAGGGACCAUCACCACCUUUGAACAAGCCCACAACAUGAGGGUCAUGAAGUUCAGCGUAAGUCCUGUUGUCAGAGUCGCUGUGGAGGCCAAGAACCCGGCCGACUUGCCCAAACUGGUGGAGGGCCUGAAGCGCCUGGCCAAGUCGGACCCUAUGGUGCAGUGCAUCAUCGAAGAGUCUGGGGAGCACAUCAUCGCAGGAGCAGGCGAGUUGCACUUGGAGAUCUGCCUGAAGGACUUGGAGGAGGACCAUGCUUGCAUUCCACUGAAGAAAUCCGACCCAGUGGUGUCUUACAGAGAGACAGUGACAGAAGAAUCUGACCAAUUGUGUCUCUCCAAGUCUCCCAACAAGCAUAAUCGUCUAUUCAUGAAGUCGCGUCCUUUCCCGGAAGGCCUGGCCGAAGACAUCGAGAAGGGCGAAGUCACAGCCCGUCAGGAGCUUAAGGCUCGCGCACGUUACCUGGCGGACAAGUAUGAGUGGGAGGUAACCGAAGCCAGGAAGAUCUGGUGCUUCGGUCCCGAUGGAAGCGGGCCCAACUUGCUCAUCGAUGUGACCAAGGGGGUCCAGUACCUCAACGAGAUCAAGGACAGCGUGGUGGCUGGUUUCCAGUGGGCGACGAAAGAGGGUGCACUAUGUGAGGAGAACAUGCGCGCCGUCCGUUUCGACAUUCACGACGUGACGCUACACGCCGAUGCCAUCCACCGCGGCGGAGGGCAGAUCAUUCCCACUGCUCGCAGGGUUCUGUACGCCUGCCAGCUCACGGCCCAGCCACGUCUCAUGGAGCCGGUUUACCUGGUGGAGAUUCAGUGUCCCGAAGCUGUGGUGGGCGGAAUCUAUGGCGUUCUAAACAGGAAACGAGGUCAUGUGUUUGAGGAGUCACAAGUGAUGGGAACCCCUAUGUUUGUGGUGAAAGCCUACCUGCCUGUCAACGAAUCAUUCGGAUUCACCGCUGACCUUCGCAGCAACACUGGCGGCCAAGCCUUUCCGCAGUGUGUGUUUGACCACUGGCAAAUUCUCCAAGGUGACCCCAAAGACCCCACAACCAAGCCCUCCCAAGUUGUUGCUGAAAUUAGGAAGCGCAAAGGUCUCAAGGAGGGCAUCCCAGCUCUGGAAAACUACCUGGACAAAUUGUAACAGCUUGGAUUUACACAUGCAUUCGCUACAUCUAAUCUUUGCACCAGUUUAAAAGUUUGCACAACGGGUUCGACUUAAAAGUCGCCACUUAAAAGUUCUUGUCAACCAAUGGAGGCGAUAUUGCUUACCUUUUCAUAAGUGCCUAGGCCAAAGGUUCUGGGGAAAAUUGAAGAUAUAAUUGUUGGAUUGAUGAUAUAACUCCUUGACUUCAUCUUUUCAGUUCUCCCAUUUCAUCUGACAAUGGCUGUACAUUAGAGGCACUGUCAUAUUGCUGCAAUAAUUGAUUAAAAUAAAAGCAAGAAUGUGUCAGGAUUGGUCAAGCUCGCUUUCGAGCUUCUCUGAUCCUAAUGAAUAAAACAUUCAACUAAAGUUUCAGUGGCUUUUUUAUUUCGAAAUCAAACCAUCAGUUCUCAUUAAUUUUCCCCACACUUGUCAUGUCGGAUGUACUUAACUGUCUUUAUUCAAGUUUUCUCAAGUCAUACAUAUUUUAGUAAAUUGGCUGAUUGGAAAAAAAAAAAAAGAUUGCAGUUCUUCAAUCCAUAUUCAAGUGUUACAGUAUGAAUCGAUUUAUACUGAUUUUUGAAAAUAGUAACUUUUGCAUUACACACUGUUACCCAUGUUUCAAUGGCAAACUAUCAUGUAUAAAACAUUGCAUAACAUUUUACGUGACGCAGGGAAAGCAUUGUUUCACCGAAGCAGUUGGAAGCUUAAAUAUUUUUAUGUUCGUACUGAUGCCUAAUGAAUAUGGGUUGAAAAACUACUUGCAAAUCUAUUUUUGAACUGACAUCACACAAAGAAACUUUGUGGAAUUUGAGCUUUGCACAACAAUUAAAUGUCAUCACCGACCUGUGCUCACAUAUUUACAAUAAAGUUAGAAAAAAA